CGAGGAACUCGUUUUAGUUGCGUUCAAACGCUUUAGUCUGUAAGUUAACACGGCGAGUGCGAUCGCAGGAAAGAGCCGAGAAAAUCGUGAAGCGGUGCCCCAGCCUAGAUGUUAACCAUUCGGCGGAUCGGCCCCGAAUGCGAGCAACUUUUGAGAUCGGUCCACGACAGACCGACCACAUAACCAAUCCGCUCCAGUUCGCUCGCUCCAGUUUCCCGCUCUCGUCGAGCGCCGCGAAAGCGGAAAGAAAGUGAAUUGAGUGGAGAUCUGGGCGAUUACUUAAUCCGCGUUCGCCUUCACGACCAGCCAUCGAACCCAACCGGGCUUCGAGCUCCAAACACCAAGCUCCCAAUCCCAAUCUGAAUUCGAGGGCGCAAAUUAAUGGCCCCCAUUUAGAGAGCCACCCCGCCCCUCCAGCGUUGACAGUUGGGCGGCGAAAAGCAUAGUAUUUGAAUAUCAAAACUAGAUCCGAGCGAUACCACCAGACAUUUCCCCCGAUAUUUUGAUAAUUUAGAAAGCGAAGCUGCAUACCAAAUAGGCCCCAGACCUAGAGACCCCCGAAAGUCCAACAUCCGUCGGUCAGUUGGCUUUCAGUUACAGCUCGAGAUCGCAGGCUAUAGCAUACCACAGCCGCCGACUUGCUUUCCCCGGUUUUCGGUUUCGUCAAGUGCACUUUUACAACUGCAACUUUUACUGGUGCCCAAGAUCCGUGUGAAGAGUGCAAAUCGGUGAUCAUGAUCCGUCCCACGCUCCUCAUAGUGCUCAUUUCGCUGGCCAGCGUCGAUUCCGGCCACAACACACCCGUAACCACAAUCCCGGCGGCCGAACCUGUGAGCCAGGUGCCCCACGGCUUCCAACUGGGGCCAAACAGUCACAUCAGCAGCAGCGGCAAUAUUAGCCAGAGUGGAGGCGGAAAUGGCCGCGAUAAGAGAGGCGCCCAACUGGAUCCGGGCGAGAUUGCCCGCCAGAAUCAGAUAACGCAGCAGAUAUUUGCCAACUACUUGGAGCGCCGGCUGUUUCCCAAUCGCACGGCCAACCAGAAGAUACCCACCAUCGCGGACAUCCUGCCCAAGCCGAAACCAUCGCCACGACCCCGUCCUCGAGGAUUCGCGGCCAGUGGAGGCGCUAACUUCAAGAGGAGCGGCGGAGGAGCUCAGAGGAAUCGCCUGGCUGCUGCCGCCACCAAGAGGCAGUCGGGCUACAAUCGCAAGCGCCUUCGCGAGGAAGAGGAGGAGGAGGAGGCGGAGGAGCAGGAGGUGCAGGAGCAGCGGGAUCAGCAGCCGCUGGCCAACCAGGAGGACUUCGACUACGACGUGCAGGAGUCCCUGCAGAGCGUGGAAUCGGAGCAGCACGAUCAGUACUAUGGGAACAUCUUCCAUCGCGAUCCCAGCGAGAACGAAGUCGAUAAUGACUGCCCCAACUGCGUGGACGAGUCGCAGUACACGCCGAACAAGUGGACGAUGCCGCUGCUGAAGCUCGGGGAGAAGCGCUACUACCUGGGCAUCUUCUUCAAGGCAAACUGGUUCAAAGCCACACAAUACUGCCGGUACCACGGCAUGCAUCUGGCCAGCAUUUCAUCACAGGAAGAGAACGAUAGACUGGAGAAGCACAUACGUGACUUUGGCCUGGGCCACGAACAUUUCUGGAUUUCCGGCACGGACCUGGCCGACGAGGGCAACUUCUUCUGGAUGGCCACCGGCAGACCCAUCACAUUCACCAACUGGAACGCCGGAGAGCCCAACAAUUUCCGGUACGAGAACGGCGAGGAGGAAAACUGCCUGGAGCUGUGGAACCGCGAUGGCAAGGGCCUCAAGUGGAACGACUCGCCCUGCAGCUUCGAGACCUACUUCGUCUGCGAGGUGCAACCGAACUAGAGGGUAUCUCCCAUUCGGGCAUUCGGAAUUCGCACCCUUAUCCGUACUCCACUUGCGACCAAGUGAUUAACUGGUUGGGUUGAACUGGCCUUUGCUGGGUGAUUACUCCGGCGACCCUGUCACGAAUGUGAAUGUGAGUGUGAGUGUUCAUCUCGAACACUCCACUCACCGCUGAAAGAUCUAAAUUCGCGUAUUCUUAGCGUAGCUGCGUAAGUGUAUAAAAUUCUUGUUGAUAAUUAGCUAGUAAACUAAUUAAAUUAUGCUAGGAUCGCUUGUAUUUUCUCAUGUAAAAUAUGAAUAAAAUGUAUCUUAAAAACUAUACAUCUA